CUUCUUUUCCUCUCGUUAGAGUUUCCGUUAUCUCAACGCAGACGGGUUCUACAAGAUGGCUCGUUUCUCACGCAUUGCGUCACUCCUAUCCCUAGCCUCGAUGGGCUUUGCGGGGACGCCUAUCCCAGGUAUCAUUCCAUUAUCAGUUACUGGAACUCUUGAUAACUGCAACGCCCCCAAUGCCGGAGAGUACAAUUCUGGGGGAUCCAUCACGGUGGAUGGUUGGAACAUCAAAGUCCCAAAGAACCUUAUCGUCCAAUUUCCUACCGUGUGGAAACCCUUCCCCGAGCUAUGCGGUGCCCAUGCCGAUGGCUACGAGGUCUCGGUAUCCGGCAACGUGGUCAACGGCGAGGCCAUUGCAGCGCAAGUCUCCGUCAGCGCUGGACUCAGUCUCAGGGGUGGACAAGGAUACAUUGAUACCAUCAAUAUUGCGGCUGGCACCAUGAAAAUUCGUGGAGGUCCCACAAUCCGCAUCAAUGACCCCAAUGGAGUAUUCUCGAAGAAGACUGACUCGUCGUUCUUCCCAGUCGAUGGUGAAAAUCCUAGCGUUACCGCCUUUUCCGGUUUCCCGAUGUGUCUGCCUCGAUCCGAUAACGAUGAGAACUGUCCGCAAUCGAACCGUCCAAACGGGGCGAUUGACUUUAGUGCUCCUGAUCCGCUGAAGAUGGUCCCUUUCCGCGAGGGAGACUUCAUCGAGUAUGCCGGGACUAAGAAUGGAGGGGAAAUAUUAGUCUAUGAAAUCACAGCCAUCAACGUCCAAGUCACGACUACCGCGUCCGACACUGUGCCCAACUACAUCCGAGUUGAGGAUGCGCUUGUCGGCGUCACUGACAACGCAGGCAAUGUCGAAGUGGCGGAUUUUCGUUUCAUCGGCUUCCUCUCCAGUUGCAGCGGCGCCAGCGUCUCCAUCAGUGCGAUCGAGGUCGACCCCUGCACGGGAGAGGAGAAAUUCCGUCAAAUCGGAACCGCCACCCCCAAAGCUGGUGAUGAUCGUUGCAAGUGGGAGGCUCGUCUAGAUGUUGCGGGUCGAACCCCAUAUACACGCGAAUACCUAAUCAAAGCCAAUAACCCGGUUAUUGAGACGAAAGAUGGCAUCAAGGCUGGUCAGUAUGUGAUGCCGGUGGGUGAAUGGAUCCAGCCGGAGGUGGACCAGCCUGGUACCGAGCCUCCACCAUUCCGCUUCUCGGACAUUCGCGGGCUUGUUGAAGGGGAUUUCCUCGAUGAUAAGCAAUACGGUCCAUUGGAUCCGUUCCCCGGGCCGAAGCCGCCUGCACCAGCGAAGACUUGCAGCCCUAGCGAUAUUCCUUCCAAUCCUGACGACCCCAACGCCCCAGCAGCUAGGGAACCGGUUGCCUCUGUUGCGGCAAUCACCGCCGUUCAGCGCGUGGGCGGGCAGGUUUUCCUCGUAGCCUCGAAUACGGCGGAUGGAAUUUCGAACAGUGACCUUACCUUCGCCUGGACGAAGACAUCUCCUGCCUCGCCAUCAAUUAGCAUCCAGAACGCUGCGCAGCCGACGGCGACUUUUACCGCGCCCACAGUCAAUGCAGAUACUUCUUUUGACUUCGAAGUCACCGUCAGCCUGAAGUCCGAUACCAGCAAGUCUAGCAAAGCGAAGGUUACUGUCAAGGUCAGCAAGACGGCCAACGAUGUCGUCACGCUCGACACAUAUUCUUGGCAGUCUCGACAGUCUGGAACUAUUAGUGUGACUUGCCACUCCAAUGUGGUCAACGGUGACAACAAGAAGAUGACGUUGGUCCUCAACGGCGGCGCUACGUCGCUAAACAUGGCCAAUAAUGGCCCGGGCAAAUGGUCUUACAACGCUAGGAGCACGAGGCAGCCGACGAAUGUUCAGUGUGUCUCGGACCUGAAAGGGAAGAGCGCACUUGUUACUGCGCCGACGAGGAGAAAGAAGAGAGGCGUGCUGGGACUACACUCUCAGUCGGAGGCGUGAGGUGAGAGCCGUUCUGCGUGUUGAUGUCUUUGCCUGCUGCGUUCUCGGGAGUCUAUGAGCUUUGUGCUG